AUGUUUCCUAUUGGCGACGGCGAUUCGAGCGAGUGUCCCGUGCGUCGCCAACUGCUUUGCGAGUGCCGACAUUGUGACGUAUGGCUGGGUGCUGCAUGGCUGGGUGCUGCAUGGCUGGGUGCUGCAUGGCUGGGUGCUGCAUGGCUGGGUGCUGCAUGGCUGGGUGCUGCAUGUCUGGGUGCUGCAUGGCUGGGUGCUGCAUGGCUGGGUGCUGCAUGGCUGGGUGCUGCAUGGCUGGGUGCUGCAUGGCUGGGUGCUGCAUGGCUGGGUGCUGCAUGGCUGGGUGCUGCAUGGCUGGGUGCUGCAUGGCUGGGUGCUGCAUGGCUGGGUGCUGCAUGGCUGGGUGCUGCAUGGCUGGGUGCUGCAUGGCUGGGUGGCGUUACACGCUUGGCUGGUCGUCACCUUCCCGCGCUACAUGCCGGUCCCAAGCUGUGUCUCCCCUACUCGGUGCCCUGUUCUGGUUCCCUGCUCUGUUCCCUGCGCUGUUACCCUGCCAUGUUCCGUUCUGUGUCUGCCCUGCUCUAUUUGUUCACUUCUGUGUCUGCCCUGCUCUGUGCCACGUUCUGUUCGCUCGUCUCUUUGCCCGCACUUCUGUUUCCAUGCUCUCUGCAUGAGUUGGCAAUGACAUGUAGGACCAACCUAACCAAAGUCAUCGAUUCCUACCCCCCCAUAACCUUCUUCGUCCCCACAACCUUUCCCCCUUUCCCCCACACCCAUUCCCACUUCGUGGCCUUUCCCUUCUUCGCCUAUACCUCGCAUCCAUCCCCUAUCCCCCCCCCCUCCUCCUCCCUCCAAAAGGACUCACCAUACAACCCUCCCCCUCCCUAUACCAACCCUCUCCUCUCCACGCCCCCCUUCCCCCUCUCCUGCAUGCUUUCCACCCACCUUAGCCCUCAUUCCCCCUCUCCUGCAUGCUUUCCACCCACUCCAGCCCCACUUCCCCCUCUCCUGCAUGAUUUCCACUCACUCCAGCCGCACUUCCCCCUCUCCUGCAUGCUUUCCACCCACUCCAGCCCCCCUUCCCCCUCUCCUGCAUGCUUUCCACUCACUCCAGCCCCCCUUCCCCCUCUCCUGCAUGCUUUCCACCCACUCCAGCCCCCCUUCCCCCUCUCCUGCAUGCUUUCCACUCACUCCAGCCCUCCUUCCCUCUCUCCUGCAUGCUUUCCACCCACUCCAGCCCCCCUUCCCCCUCUCCUGCAUGCUUUCCACCCACUCCAGCCCCCCUUCCCCCUCUCCUGCAUGCUUUCCACCCACUCCAGCCCCCCUUCCCCCUCUCCUGCAUGCUUUUCCACCCACUCCAGCCCCCCUUCCCCCUCUCCUGCAUGCUUUCCACCCACUCCAGCCCCCCUUCCCCCUCUCCAAAAUGCUUUCCACCCACUCCAGCCCCCCUUCCCCCUCUCCAAAAUGCUUUCCACCCACUCCAGCCCCCUUUCCCCCUCUCCUGCAUGCUUUCCACCCACUCCAGCCCCCCUUCCCCCUCUCCUGCAUGCUUUCCACCCACCUUAG